AAUCUAAGCCCGGGCAGCCUCUUUUAAUUUUUGACAAAUUUGCUCAAUUGCAAAGUGGAAAAUCUCCACUUCUCCCCGUCCUCGUUCAAAGGCUUGGCUGGCUUCAUGGUGCAAACGAGGAGGAAGAAAAGGAAGGAGGCGGCUUUGCAAGAGGAGGAAAAGAGAGAAAAGAGCUUUCAGGAAGCGGGCGGGGUUACUCCCGAGUAAGCCCCUUUGCGCUUGCAAGGGCCGUGCGCGAGCAGGGCCAGCAGCAGCAGCAGCAGCGAGAAUAAAAAUAAAUGCAUCAUGUAGACAUUGAUAUAUUAAUAAGUAGAGCAAGCGGGGCUGUUCGGAUAUUGGCCUGUCAGCGCCGCUGGAAACAGGCGUCGUCGGACGGUGUCCGGAGUCACGCGCUAAGCCAAGAACAGGCCAGGAAGAAGCUGAAGCGAAGUAACGGCUCGGCUGGGAGAUCAGAAGACUUUUCUGGAGGAAUGCUGAAAAGCAUGCCGUUUCUCCAUGGCUUCCGCAGAAUCAUCUUCGAGUAUCAGCCGCUGGUAGACGCUAUCCUAGAAGCCUUAGGAUUGCAAGAUCCCGAACACCAAGAAUCACCGGAGAGUCCCAGCUGUGCGGCCGGAGACAGUGGCCGAUUUCGGGUUCUCCAGAAACUUUUGGACAGAGAAUCUCAUGCACCUUUUUACCAGGAAGGCGUCAGCUACACUUUGCUGAAGGUGGCUGAGUUGGGCUUGGUCCAGGCGGCAGAAAUCCUCCUGCACAACGGGGCCGACAUCACCUUCGAAGAUCCGGUCACGUAUUACACAGCCUUGCACAUCGCGGUCCUGCGAAACCAGCCCGACAUGGUCGAGCUUCUGGUGCAGCGCGGCGCGGACAUCAACCGCAGAGACCGGAUUCAUGAAAGUAGCCCUUUGGAUCUUGCCAGCGAAGAACCGGAACGCUUGCCCUGUCUGCGGCGUCUCCUAGAACUCGGAGCCGACAUCAACGCUGCUGAUAAACAUGGAAAGACAGCUUUACUCCACGCACUGGCCAGCAGUGACGGGGUUCAAAUCCACAACACGGAAAACAUUCGCCUUUUGCUGGAAGGAGGCGCAGAUGUCAAGGCCACCACAAAAGACGGGGACACCGUUUUCACCUUCCUCAUCUUCUUGCUCGGCGAGACGGUGGGAAGCGACGCUGAAGAGGCUGAGAUGAUCAACCGCUUCUGCUUCCAGGUGACGCAGCUGCUUAUGGCACAUGGCGCCAACCCCAGCGAGUGCCCGCCCUACGAAUCCCUCACCCACCUCUGCCUCAAGAGCUUCCGACUCCACUUCCCGCUCUUGCGCUUCCUCCUGGAGUCGGGGGCUUCCUAUAGCUGCUCCCUCCACGGCCCCACGUGUUGGUCGGGCUUCGACAUCAUCUUCGAGCGCCUGUGCUCCCAUCUCAGCGAGUCGGAGGAUGACGGCUUUUCCAUCGACUUGCUGCAGAAAGCGGAGACCACCCUGGAGCUGAUGAUGGCCAGCUGUCCAGUGGUGAAGCUGCCUAGCAACUUCCAGAUCGACCUGAGCAACUGCCGUUACCAUCAGGACAAGAUCAAGGCUCUUUUCGGGAAAUUGAAACAGCUGGAGAACACCCCGCCCACGUUGAAACACCUCUGCCGAGUUUAUCUGCGGCAGUAUCUCCAACCUUGGCCGGUAGACGUGAAGGUGAAGGCUCUCGUUCUGCCCAACCAGCUGAAGAGGUACCUCCUUAUAGAUCCAUCUGCGGAGCACGUGUGACCUCCCCGGACAAGAAGCGGACCAAAGAUAUCUGCCAGACCCCCUUCCAUCCCCAAUCCAGUUGUAAUAUACUGACCAGCACGUGAACUGGGAGACCUUCGCUUCAUCAGCCGACCCAAUACUCCACUGCCAGCUUGGCUGGUCGGCCUUCACGGGGUUACAGAAUAUUGCACGUGGUUUACCAAGUCACCAGGAGCACGCUCAGCUGGCGGGGAUGUGGGAAUGCAUUUGGUGACUUAGAAUUUUGCCACGGAAUCUGGAGGAAAAGGACUUCAUGGAGUUGUACGUCAACCGGGGAAGCGUUUGCCCUUCCGUGCAAGUGAAUUUUGAGCUUCUGUAGGUUUAUGUUGGAGCCAUACUCAACAUCCAGGGUUGAGGGCCAGGGAGGAGAGGGGAAUUGCCAGCCGCUACCAGCAGCCAAUUAAAAGGAUGUACCUACA